AUUGCAAAUCGGAAAUCGCAACCCAGAGAAUCGAUGGGUACCGGAAAGUGGGUUCGGAGCUACACUCUGGUUUCAUGGCUUCUCUUCGUCACCUCUUCGAUUUUUUCCUCCUCCAUUGGAUCUGCCAAGAAACUUUCUUUAGAUGUUGGGGAAUCCAAUACUACAUUGCAGCUCUCUCCUGGCUUGCAAGUGGAAAACUCUCCAGGCUUAAAGCUUGGAGUUACAGCUGUUUGCGAAAGAGUUCAUAUUCAUGGAUUAUCGAGGCUACAGAACUUGAGCAAGUUUGCACAUUCAGUGAAGGUGAAGGUGAAGGUUUCACAAGUUAAACCAAGCCUGAUGAAACCAAAUGUUGAAAUAUGUUUCCAUGGGAAUAUGUCUCUUGGAAUUGGGAUGUGUCCUCAGGGCAAGUGGGAGAAGGUUUCAAAGGGUUUAUGGGUUCGUUCCAUGUCCCCUUUUGACUACAAGCUCUUAGACAUAAGGAUGACAGGUUCAUCAAUUGAACCCUUGGAAGUGUCUAUUGAAGAAGAAUUUUAUGGGUAUCGCAUUUUGUUUUUAAUUGUGGGCUUCAUAUUGCUGAACUCAGCAACCUUUCUGAGCAAGUCAUUGGCAUUUUACUAUAGCAGUGCCAUGGCAAUUGGAGUCAUCCUUGUGGUAUUGUUGGUCCUGUUUCAGGGAAUGAAGCUACUCCCAACUGGUCGGAGGAGCUCGCUUGCCAUUUUUAUAUAUUCAUCUAUGGUUGGUUUGGGAUCUUUUUUUCUCCGCUAUCUGCCGGGGUUGUUUCAGUCAGUACUUGCAGAGAUAGGAGUCAGUGAAGACAUGAUUGACCCUUUGGCAUAUUUUCUGCUGGUUUUUAUCAUUCUAUCUGGAGCAUGGUUGGGGUUUUGGGCUGUCCGCAAACUUGUCUUGACAGAAGAUGGAUCUAUUGAUUUAAGCACUUCCAAUUUUGUGGCUUGGUCCAUCUGGAUUGUGGCUGUCAUUAUGAUCCUUCAGAGUUCCUCUGAUCCCCUCCUGUCACUUGAGGUAUUAGUGUCUGGCAUAGUGGUUUCAAAAGUGUUGCGGAAAUUGAGAUUCUUGCGUCACCUGCGCAAGUAACAUUUAAUUUUAUUUCACAGAGCUCAGUCAUGUUUUAUCAUCAUAAAGAUCUGCUUGCAUCGCAUUCAAUAGAAGCCACUCUUUUGCUGGUACUCGAAAUUUGAUAGCAGAAAGAUAUGCAGAAAAUCAUGAUGUUAACUCUUAAUCUGAAGAAAUAUAACUGUUUACCUGUUCUUCUGAGCUUCAGUAGAUUAUUUGGCAUUUCCAUUUAUUUUUAGUGCAUUCAUGUGUCUUUUUAAUUGCCAUUAAAUUUCAGUGCAUUAUUGAUGUGGAUUACUUCCGCAGGAAGUUGUUCAAAUUAAUCAAAAACAUCUGCAGUAGUUCUGAGAUUCCUGGUUUUUCACCAUUUCAAGAUUCUUAUGACGAAUAUAUACGCAAAAGGCCAGAUGACUCUAAGUUCCUUAGGCAUCGAUCCAAACGUUUCAACCUGGCUUCAAGCAAUUCUCCUGUACAAGUUAUCACCACUACAUCAACUAGUCCAUUGUCAGAUAAGAACUCUUAUCCUUCAACUUUCCACUCAACUCCUCAAAGGAGAAAAUUCACAAAAGACGAGUGGGAGAAGUUCACACAACAAUCUACAAAAAAGGCUGUUGAUGAACUUGUUUCUUCACCCGAUUUCAGCAAAUGGGUUACUGCUAAUGUGGAUAGAAUCACAGUAACUCCAGGCAAAAGCCCUGCGACCAAUUCCAGUCAGCAUCGUCGGUCGCUCCUUUGGUUCUAAGCAUGUUAAUUCUCCCAUGCACGUUCAAAACAGUGCAUGUGUUUCCAGCGGAUCCAGACCAGGGUUCAAACAAUGAUCAGCAAGCAAUGAAUUAUGAUUUGCGGUUUCGAAACAACUAGUGCAAAUGCCAACAAUUUCCGAUGGAACCAAAAGCGCACAUGUUUCAUUUCUUCUUCUUUUUUUCUUUUUUUUUCUUUUUUUUGGUCGGCACCAAAGGCACACAUGUUAAAUUUUUUUCUUUUUUUUUUUUUUCAAACACGUUAAAGAAGUUUUGGAAUCUACCCUAAGCAAUGUGACUCCUGUUUCGCAGUAGCAGCUACAUCCUUUGCAAAAAAUCCAGCCUGUUUUGGUAUGAUUGGUCGGACCAGCUCAACUAACAAUCUUACUGAAUCCAAGCACAUUCAUCAAGGAACUAUAUCCAUCAACGAUGCUUUUGGAUUAAGGAUGUAAAUUCAAAUUUCAAACGCUGAUGAAAAAAUGAAAUAGAGUAAAUUCA